UCGCGAUAGGUUUCCUUUCUUCUUCUCGAGCCGUCGGCCACUUCCGGUUACAUGACGACGACGACGGCGUUGAUACAAAAAGAGAGAAGGAAAACAGGAAAAUACCUUUCUUGGCGAGAACAGUGGAAACUUAAUAUAAAUAGUCAGAUCUACUUUAACGGGUUGCUUAUGUGGCGGCAUAACUAACGAUCGAUCUCGAGUUAGUCUGGCUGGAUAACGUAUGAGCAGUGAAAGAUCACAUAUAUUUGGAGUUUAUUGUUCUUCGCCUGCUCCCUCCAGCUAAGCUAUUUCUGUGUUGCCCUACCUAGCCGAGCUAGCUAACGUUAGCUAACGCUGGAUGCCAACACAGUGUGUGUAUUCUUAGUUCUCAGUUAGCACGCGGCUAGAAAGGAAAUAGUGCCGUCAAUCCGCUCAGUUUGCAGCUGGACUCUGCUAACCUCUUCUAACUCAGUGACAUUAGUUGGCGAGAAUGGCAACGUCGGCUCUGUACGCCUGUACGAAGUGUAACCAGCGGUACCCCUUCGAGGAGCUGUCGCAGGGCCAGCAGCUGUGCAAGGAGUGUCGCAUCGCACAUCCAAUAGUGAAGUGCACAUACUGCAGAUCUGAGUUUCAGCAGGAAAGUAAAACCAAUACAAUCUGCAAGAAAUGUGCCCAGAAUGUUAAACAGUUUGGAACACCCAAACCCUGCCAGUACUGUAACAUCAUUGCAGCUUUUAUCGGGACAAAGUGCCAGCGUUGUACUAACUCAGAGAAGAAAUAUGGACCUCCACAGACCUGUGAGCAGUGCAAACAGCAAUGCGCCUUUGACCGCAAGGAGGAGGGCAGGAGAAAGGUGGAUGGGAAACUGCUGUGCUGGCUCUGUACUCUGUCCUACCGCCGUGUCCUGCAGAAGACCAAGGAGCAGAGGAAGGGCUUCGGUUCCUCCAACUCCUCAUCCCUGAACGAGAAAGACCACCACUCCAGACCUCACCAUCAUCACCACCACCACCAACACAGACACAGCAGCUCUCAUCACAAACUGAGUGGUAGCUUGAGUCCUGAGCAGGAGCAGGGACUGUGGAAGCAGAGCCAUAAAUCGUCUUCAAUCCAGAAGGAGACUCCAAAGAAGAAACCAAAACUGGAGAUGAAGCCAUCCAACGGGGACAGCAGUUCCAUCACCCAGUCAAUGGAUUCUGGAGGAACAGACAACUUCAUUCUCAUCAGCCAGCUGAAAGAGGAAGUGAUGUCACUGAAGAGACUUCUGCAGCAAAGGGAUCAAACCAUUCUAGAGAAGGACCGAAAGCUCACAGAGCUCAAAGCAGACUUUCAGUACCAGGAGUCCAAUAUGAGAGUGAAGAUGAACCAAAUGGAGAAAUCGCACAAAGAGUCUAUGGAGCAACAGCAGGCCAAGAACAGGGAGUUGAUGAAACAAGUGGCUGCCCUCUCUAAAGGAAAAAAGUUUGACCGGACAGGAAGUUCACUGCUGCUGCCCUAACAAUAGGCCAGCCAGCGGGUAACAACACAGAGUGGCUUCAUUGUUUUUACACUGUGAAAGUCUCCCUCCUGUGUUUCCUCAUUGCCAUCAACAUCGAUUACUUCUUAAUUGGUAAAGCCAGAGACCAUGUUGUACAUGGAAAUCAGUUGUUGAAUCAAAGAAACCUUUCUCUAAAUGUCAACAUAUUUUAGAUAUUUUAUGGCGACUUUUCCACUGGAUCAUAGGAUGUGACUUUGGAUAGAGUGGAGGAUGGAGCCCUCAUUUUUAACACUGCCGGGCCAAAACAAAAAGCAUGGUGUGCAUAUGUGGAUGGCAUUCUGUCGACUCAGUGUAUCCACUUAAUUUUUAUGGAUGUCAUGCAAUUUAUUUAUUCAACUGUAUUUCUUAGCUUUUUUAUUUCCUCACAACAUACUAAGAGAAUAUCCCACAUUUUGGGGUUUACUUCAAUAGCAAUUAGUUAUAUUUUUCUAAAUUGAUGCGAUUGUGGACGACAAGUUCUCCUGGAAGUAAUGGAGACCCUGCGCAACUUUACAAUGUAUGCAAACGUGGGAAGGGUGACCACUGAGCUGCUGCUCAACAGUAGAGAACUCUCAGUAACAAUUCAUAAAUCAACCAAUGAACACUUUGAAAGGCUGUCUGAUAGAGAGACGCCUCUUGGCUGCCCUCUUUCUCACUGUGUGACAGCUGUAGUGCUUUUCUGUUUCUCUUUAGUGGAACGAUUGUAAUACUGCAUGAUUUUACUGCCAGACACCGGUUGGCAUUGUGGUCAGACUUCUUUUUUCCCUCCCUUUUAAUUAGUUUUUUAAGAAUCACUUGUAAAUGUAUUACUGGGGUCAGCCAUUGUAUUUAAACUAUUGCUUGUAUCUGUUUUAGUGAGUACAGUAUGUGUAUGGUAAGGCCAGUUGAAAUUAACAUGUCUGUAGAAGAUGCUUUUUAAAAGGAACACACUUAUCACCCUGCAUUAUUGGGCUGGUUUCAUACUGUGGCGUCCAGGAUCACUUUUGUACUUUUUUCCAAACCAAGUGUUUUAAAACUAUUAAAACUGGCUAAACUGUUA